CUCAGUGAAAAGGUUUGGGAAGGAGCAGAAAAUUGUCAAAAUAGGGACGAUGGUGCAGAGCCUGGCCUGGAAUGAUGGCUGCAAUAUCCUGUGUGGAAUUCAGGAUUGCAAAUUCACAGUCUGGUAUUAUCCCAACACUGUCUACGUGGACAAAGACCUCCUCCCAAAAACCCUCUAUGAGAAAGAUGCCAGUGAGUUCAGGCAGAGCCCUCGGAUCGUGAGCUUUGUGGGGAGCCAGGUGACCCUCAGGAGGGCGGACGGCUCCCUGGU